AUGGGCUCGUUCCUCUCGGUCAUGUUUGGGACCGAGGACCAGCCACCCCCGGAGGAAGGUGUGGGCGAGACGGUGCACUUUGACAACAACGACUUUGCCGGUGGUGACCGCCGGCGGCGGGCGGACGCAGUUGGCGGCGGUGGUGUCGUCGACAGCCUCGCACGAGCCCUCACCAAGUCGGUGCCUGCCGCCGACGCUGUGAGCGUGUUUGGCGGGCAGAGGCUGUGUUUUGGCGACUACAGCGAGUCUGUGUCGGGCGACAGGGCGUGGACCCGGUUUGGGCUCCGCCUGCUCUUCUUCCGCCCGCCUGGCGUGUUUGUGCUCAAGCUCUGGAGCGCGACCAAGGACGGUGACGGGGCGACGCUGGCCGAUGACCAGCUGGUGGUGACCGGCCGGUGGACGGCGGGCCGCGGGCAGACACUCGAGCUGAUCUCAGACGCUGUUCGCAUCCGCCGAUAUGUGGCGCCGGGCUAUGCGCAGUACGCAUCGUCGCGGGCGGUCUUUCCGCCCAUCGAUCCGCCUGCGAGCCUCACCCGGCGGGCGCUGGCGACGCAUGGCGGCGCGUGGGAGCUGCAUCCGCAAGGCAUCUCGGCGCUGCGCACCUCGAACAUUGUUCUCUCUGCGCAGUACGAGCUCACGCCGGCGCCUGUCCCGACACUUGCUGCGAUCGUUGUUGCCAAGAACCAGCCGCCGGUUUGGAUCCGCGGCUUGCUCUUCCAAGCCUUUGACCCUGAGCUCCCUCUUGCUGCCGAGUGGCCGUCCAUCUCGCCGUUUGAUGACAUGGACAUUGCUGGCGUUGUUCGCGAGCCACUGCCCUACCGCACUGGGCCAGGCCGUGAUGUUGAUCGCUACACUACCGCCCUCGACGACGGCUCCGAGACCAGGAGCGAUGACUCGGACGGCGUCGGCAUGUUUCCGAUAUUGCCUGACUAUGAGAAUGGCUCGGACUCGGCCGAGAGCCGGAGCUAG